ACACUGCAGAUGGAGAAGAUCAAGGCCCGUUUGAAGGCUGAGUUUGAGGCCCUUGAGUCAGAAGAGAGGCACCUGAAGGAAUACAAGCAGGAGAUGGACCUCCUUCUACAAGAGAAGAUGGCCCAUGUGGAAGAACUCCGGCUGAUUCAUGCUGACAUCAAUGUGAUGGAAAACACUAUCAAACAGUCUGAGAAUGACCUAAACAAGCUGCUAGAGUCUACCCGGAGGCUACAUGAUGAGUAUAAGCCACUAAAGGAACAUGUGGAUGCCCUGCGCAUGACUCUGGGUCUGCAGAGGCUCCCUGACCUAUGUGAAGAGGAGGAAAAACUCUCCUUGGAUUACUUUGAGAAGCAGAAAGCAGAGUGGCAGACGGAACCUCAGGAGCCUCCCAUUCCUGAGUCCCUGGCGGCUGCAGCCGCUGCUGCACAACAACUCCAAGUGGCUAGGAAGCAGGACACUCGGCAGACAGCCACCUUCAGGCAGCAGCCCCCACCCAUGAAGGUUAUUGGAGGUUCCUGA